GGACUUCACAAUGAGCGUCCCCGACUACAUGCAGUGUGCCGAGGACCACCAGACGCUCCUCGUGGUGGUCCAGCCCGUGGGCAUCGUCUCGGAAGACAACUUCUUCCGGAUCUACAAGCGAAUUUCCUCCGUGAGCCAGAUCAGCGUGCGCGACUCGCAGCGGGUGCUCUGCAUCCGCUACCGGCACCACUACCCACCGGAGAACAACGAGUGGGGCGACUUCCAGACCCACCGCAAAGUCGUGGGCCUCGUCACCAUCACGGACUGCAGCUCGGCCAGGGACUGGCCGCAGACCCUGGAGAAGUUCCACGUGCAGAAGGAGCUCUACGGCUCCACGCUCUACGACUCCCGGCUCUUCGUCUUCGGGCUGCAGGGGGGCGUCGCCGAUCAGCCGCGCACUGACGUGGCCUUCUACCCCAGCUAUGACGACUGCCAGGCCGUGGAGAAGAGGGUCGAGGACUUCAUCGAGUCGCUCUUCAUUGUGCUCGAGUCCAAGCGUCUCGACAGGGCCACAGACAAGUCCGGGGAUAAGAUCCCCCUGCUCUGUGUCCCAUUUGAGAAAAAGGACUUCGUGGGGCUGGACACGGACAGCAGACAUUACAAGAAGCGGUGCCAGGGGCGCACGCGGAAGCACGUGGGGGACCUGUGCCUUCAGGCGGGCAUGCUGCAGGAUGCCCUGGUGCAUUACCAUGUGGCCGUGGAGCUUCUCCGCUCGGUGAAUGACUUUUUGUGGCUUGGAGCUGCCCUUGAAGGGUUGUGUUCAGCUUCCGUCAUCUAUCACUAUCCGGGCGGAACCGGUGGUCAGACUGGAGCUCGGAGGUUCCUGGGGAGCUCCCCUGCCGACGCCGCCAACCGACACCGGCCAGGGGCACAAGAAGUCCUCAUUGAUCCAGGUGCCUUGACCACCAAUGGCAUAAACGCUGACACCAGUGCUGAAAUUGGACGUGCGAAGAACUGUCUCAGCCCCGAAGACAUCAUCGACAAGUACAAGGAGGCCAUCUCCUACUACAGCAAGUACAAGAACGCUGGAGUGAUCGAGCUGGAAGCGUGCGUCAAAGCCGUGCGCAUCCUCGCCAUUCAGAAGCGGAGCAUGGAAGCCUCGGAGUUUCUCCAGAAUGCUGUUUACAUCAAUCUUCGACAGCUUUCCGAAGAAGAAAAAAUCCAGCGCUACAGCAUCCUCUCUGAGCUCUACGAGCUGAUCGGCUUCCGGCGCAAGUCGGCCUUCUUCAAGCGCGUGGCCGCCAUGCAGUGCGUGGCCCCCAGCAUCUCGGAGCCCGGCUGGAGGGCCUGCUACAAACUGCUCCUGGAGACGCUUCCCGGCUACAGUCUGUCGCUGGACCCUAAAGACUUCAACAAAGGAACGCACCGAGGCUGGGCGGCCGUGCAGAUGCGUUUGCUUCACGAGUUGGUCUACGCCUCCCGCAGGAUGGGGAACCCUGCGCUCUCCGUCCGGCACCUGUCCUUCCUCCUGCAGACCAUGCUGGAUUUUCUGUCAGACCAAGAAAAGAAAGACGUGACUCAGAGCCUGGAGAACUAUACGUCCAAGUGCCCCGGGACGAUGGAAGUCAUCACCCUCCCGGAUGGCCUGACCCUGCCGCCCGUGCCCUUCACCAAGCUUCCCAUCGUCAGGUACCUCCCCACCAGCCUCCGGCCACGGAAAAUGAAAAGCCUGCUGGGUCAGAACGUGUCCACCAAGAGCCCCUUCAUCUACUCGCCCAUCAUCGCCCACAGCCGUGGGGAGGAGCGGAGCAAGAAAAUCGAUUUCCAGUGGGUCCAGGGAGAUGUAUGUGAAGUCCAGCUGAUGGUAUAUAACCCGAUGCCAUUUGAACUCCGAGUUGAAAACAUGGGGCUCCUGACAAGCGGAGUGGAGUUCGAGUCUCUCCCUGCGGCACUUUCCCUUCCGGCUGAGUCUGGUCUUUACCCGGUGACGCUCGUUGGGGUCCCCCAGACGACUGGGACGAUUACUGUGAACGGUUACCACACCACGGUCUUUGGCGUCUUCAGUGACUGCUUGCUGGACAACCUCCCGGGAAUAAAGACCGGCGGCUCCUCUGUCGAAGUCAUCCCCGCCCUGCCCAGACUGCAGAUCAGCACGUCCCUGCCCAGAUCUGCACAUUCACUGCAGCCUUCCUCUGGUGACGAAAUAUCUACUAAUGUGUCAGUCCAGCUUUACAAUGGAGAGACUCAGCAACUUAUCAUUAAAUUGGAAAAUAUUGGGAUGGAACCAUUGGAGAAACUGGAAGUCACCUCAAAAAUUCUCACCACCAAAGAAAAACUGUACGGCGACUUCUUGAGCUGGAAACUAGAAGAAACCCUCGCCCAGUUUCCUUUGCAGCCCGGGAAGGUAGCCACGUUCACAGUCAACAUCAAAGCGAAGCUGGAUUUCUCCUGCCAGGAGAAUGUCCUCCAAGACCUCAGUGACGAUGGGAUCAGCGUGAGCGGCUUUGCCCUGUGCAGCCCCUUUCGACAGGUCGUUAGGCCUCGGGCGGACAGCAAGCCUGCGAACCCUCCCGAGGGCGGCAGACCCGGGGACUCGAGUCAGGCGAAGACCCUGGAAGCGAUCCUGAAUUUCAAAUACUCCGGAGGCCCGGGCCACGUCGAAGGGUACUACAGGAGCCUGUCCCUGGGGCUGCACGUGGAGGUCGAGCCGUCCGUGUUCUUCACCCGCGUCAGCACUCUGCCGGCGACCAGUACCCGGCAGUGCCACCUGCUCCUGGAUGUCUUCAACUGCACCGAGCACGAGCUGACAGUCUGCGCCCGGAGCAAUGAAGAGCUCACCCUGCACCCCAGCGAAUGCCAGCGAAUGGCGAUCCAAGUGGACAAGUUCAACUUUGAGAGUUUCCCAGAAUCCCCUGGGGAGAAGGGGCAGCUGGAAGGAGAGCGGCAGGCGGCCCGGAGCCUGGAGAUCAACAGCAAGCUGGGCAUCCGCUGGGGACUCCCUUCUUUGAAGCGCACGGGCGAGGCAGGUGUGGAAGGGCUGCUGAGCCAGCCGGUCCUGGAGCAGCUGCAGCUGGCCCCUCUGCAGUGGGACGUGCUGGUGGACGGGCAGCCCUGUGACUGCGAGGCGGCGGCCUGCCGGGUGGGCGACCCCGUGCGCCUGGAGGUGCGGCUGACCAACCGGAGCGCGCGCAGCGUGGGGCCCUUCGCCCUCAGCGUGGUGCCCUUCCAGGACCACCGGAACGGCGUGCACAGCUACGACCUGCACGGCGCUGUCUCCUUCGUGGGCUCCAGCACCUUCUACCUGGACACGGUGCAGCCCUCGGGCCAGUCGGCCUGCCUGGGGGCCCUCCUCUUCCUCCACACGGGUGACUUCUCCCUGCACAUCCGGUCCCAGGCGGACGGCAAGAGCAAGGAGCUGCCGCGGUCCUGGCUCUGCCUGCCCGGUGUGCGCGUGCGCGCCGUGGAGGCGCAGGCCUGAGCCCACCCCGCCACCCAGCUCCUUCUGGAAGGUGGCCAGGGAGCCACAGGGGCGCAGCCUCGCCCCCAGCCCCCUUUCCCCCGUCCGCUCCCCCAGAUGUGGCAGCCUCACCCCUUCCCCUACUGUCCCCCAGGACCCCUGCUGGACCCUGACGGAGGGUGGCAUCGACCCAGCCCAGGUCUGGGAGCUCUGCACCUGCACCCUGGGGUUUCAGCCCAGCCAGAAGGGAGAACGGGAGCCUGGGGGAGGUGGGGCACAGCCGGGCGGGCCUGGGGGGGCCCUGUGGGCUCUCAGAAACCCCGAGAGCUGGCUCUUCCCCGAGGCCCCAGAGCAGCCCAGGCAGGAGAGACGGCGCCAUUAUUGAUACCACGAGACGCCACGUGCCCCAGCCCACCCCACCCCCGCGGGUGGAUGUCCGGGCCCUGGCUGUUUCCAGGCUGGGCGCCAGGGCCAGGGCCUCUGUGUGUCGCUGUGUUAGUCACAAGUUCUCCAAUAAAGGGCCGCCUUGCCCCCCGCUGCUCCGCCA